UUAAGCUUUGGGUCAGCUGUUGUCAACCGGUGGUUAUGGAGAUAUGGGUAAAGUAACAAGCAAAUGCCGAUGUGGUUGGUCACUAUAUUGGGCUACUUUCGCAUAAAGUGUGGAAAUGCUUUGGGUUGGUGCAUUUAUUUUUAUGUUCUGUCCGAUUGCAGCUGUCGGAUUAUUUCUAAUGUGACUUGAUCUGACAUGGUCAUGACUUGAGGAGGUGGUGCCUUGACAUUUCGUCCAGAUUUAAUUUCCCUUGAGUGUUAUCCGAGCACACAGGUAGAAGAUGCCGCGUAAGAUUGGCUUUGUAGUGGUCAGCUCCUCCAGUCACGAGGACAACUUCAGCGCCAAGGGGCUAAUGAUUCAUGUGCCCACAGUCAGUGGCUGGAGGUCAGCCAGGCUCUGCCCUUAUCCCCAGGAGGUAACCCUGCGCCUUGUGGAUCGGAGCCGUGUGCGGAGGGUGCAGCUGCUGGCCCACCAGCACCUGAUCCCCUCUAAGAUCGAGUUCCACGUUGGCGAUAGCCCGAUCGGACCAGGCCACUUCCACAGGCUCGGGUAUGUGUCACUUUCGGACAAUGAGAAAACGGGCUAUAAGGCACGGGAAUUGAAGUCUGUUCAUGUGGAUGCUGUCGGAACACACCUGAGGCUGACUUUCCACAGAAACUAUGCCAGUCCCCAUAAUCUGUACAAUCAGGUUGCACUGAUUGCUGUGAAUGUUCUGGGAGAUGCAGUGGAUAGCGAUUCGGCGGAUGUGUUUCCUACUACAGAUCAACUGAUCGAGCAUUAUCUCAACAAUACUCAGCAGGAUAUGUCACUAAAUGGGACAUAUUUAGGAAAACACGAUUCCAUUUCACCCUUGGAUGACCUGGCCUUCCACAUAUACCAGGACCCUGCAGUGGCCCAGAUCAUCUGCCGGCUGGAUGAGAGGAAACAGGAGUGUGUGCAGCGCGAGCAGUACGGUCUGGCCAAGACGCUAAAGCAAGCCGUGGCUGACCUGCAGAAGGUCGGAGAGCGACUGGCCCGCCUUGAUGUGGAGAAACAUUGCGCCAUCGAGAAGGAAGACUAUGACACAGCGGAGCAGAAGAAAGAACAGAUGGAAGAGUACCGGCUGAAAGUCUACCACCAGCUGCAGCUGCUCAAUCUGCUCGACAUAUCCCAGAUUGCUGACUUUCAUGACAAGAAGAUGGAGGCAUCCUGCAUCCCAUCGCAGGAGAUGCAGUCAGAGCUUCCGCAUGACAUCCAGACGGAAGUGACGCAAGAAAAACCCCUGGGCUCUGAGUGGGACGCCGCAAGCCCCUUGGCCUCACAAUCCAGCCAUAGCCCCCAACCGGUGUCCCCAGCUCCUCCAGAGGCUCUCCAGACUGGUACCAGCAGGCUGCCUUAUGACGAGGUACCCCUGCCAACAUUGCAAAACCCUCCGGAGGGAGAUCAGCCAGAGCUGCCAGAGCAGAACCAGAGCGAAGACCUUCCCGGCAGCCCGGGUAUCCGAGGAGAGCCUGACCCCCUCACAGAGAAAGCACAGCGGGAAGCCGGCCUCCCCGUCGAGGUGUACGGGGAACGCCUGGUUGCAGGCACCUAUUCAAAGACCUGGUCACACCGGGAGAGUGCCAUGCUGGCCAUUUAUAAGAAGCUGUCAGAGAUGCCGGCAGGGACCCCCAAGGAAGAGGUCAGGACCACGCUCAGGGUCACUGUGUUCCUGCUCAGGAGGGCUCUUAAGGACCAGGUUUUUUCUGUUUUCGAAGCAUCGCUGAAGCUACUGCGGAUGGUUCUGACCCAGUUCAUUCCCAAACACAAACUGGGCAAAGUGGAAACUGCACACUGCAUUGAACAAGUCUGGCCCAACCUCAUCUCUAGAACCGGUGACUCUUCCACCAGGCUUCGACUCGUGGCGACUGAUUUUAUCCAGGAAAUGGCCCUCUUUAAGGAGGUGAGACCGCUGCAGAUUAUCCCCGGCGAGCUGGUGAAGCCCAUCCCGUCGGGUUCCCUGGCCCGGCUGGCACUGGUCCGCGCCCAGCUGGUAGAGCGACUGCUGCCGGACGCUGGCUUCAGCGUCAACGGCGUCAUGCAGUUCUCCACAGCCGCUCUGGAGCACAGUGCCGCCGCGGUGCGUGAGAUAGCCGUGCGUAUCAUCCUGGCCGCAUACGGGCAGUACGGAGAUGCUGUGCGCGGCUUUCUCCCGUCAGACGAGGCCAGCACACGCAGGAACAUGGUCUACAGGAAGAUCUUCGACGGACUGGCAAAAUUAGAUGGCACACCCAUCGGGCUGCGGAGCGGAGUGAGCUCAUCCUGCAAAUGCACAUUGUGUGCCAUUGAUGUUCUCGUUGAGACUCUGAAAAGAGACGGCAUGCAGAAAGUGGAAAAAGAGAAGAAAGCGGAAAUUCUGACUCUGCAGGAGCAAGUAGCAGUACUGAAGGAGAUCAGUGUACGGCAGUGUGUCAGCCUUCCUGGGGCAGAAAGAGAGAAAGGCAAGGAGAAUGCCAAGGGGAAAGAGAAGACCGUUAAGCUUCCCAGAGCGGGUGCCAGAAAGAUUCAUAGCGCCAGUCCUUCACACAUGGGCGGUGACCAGUCACCAGCUGCUGGUUUUUUGGACAGCCUGUGCAUCUUCUGUGGUGAGAGGAGUGACUCCUUCACGGAGGAGGGCCUGGACCUGCACUACUGGAAGCACUGUCCCAUGCUGUGCCGCUGCCACCACUGCAGACAGGUGGUGGAGAUCGCCAGCCUCACAGAGCACCUGCUAGCGGAGUGUGAAAGCCGGCUGGCAUUCGCCGCGUGCCCCCUGUGUGGCGAGGCCGUGCCACGCGGCUCGCUGGCUGCCCACUCCCAGAGCCCGGACUGCCAGCCUCCUGGACCCGAGAAAAAAGCCAACCAUUGUCCAUUAUGCCAUGAUAAUUUUGCUUCAGGAGAGGAGGCAUGGAAGUCUCACCUCCUGGGUCCGGAUGGCUGUAAGCAGAACUCACGGAGGACAGCGGCCUUGCAGAGAGCGAAGCCCCCACAAGGAAAGACCAGCACCUUGAAGAAGACAAAGGAGGUAUCUCUAGGGCCCAAAGCACGACUGGUGGGUGGCAUGAGCAGGGUACCUGGAGCCAGGGCUGGACGCGGAGGAAUAGCCCGGCGCCCGCCCUUAAUAAGACGUUAAGCUCGAAAUGCUCUUCGACCCUAGUAGCACUGACGAAUCUCUCCAUAUGAUUAAUCCAAGCCUCACUGGGCACCUUGUUUAUUCAUAGCUCAGUGGUACAGAUUCACAUUCACAUUGGGCCACAUUUGCCAAAAGAUUUACAGUUUUUUGUUGAAUUGACAUAUUUGCGGUUGUUUCGGCAUUUCUAUGUACAGAUUUUCCCUACGUGUGCAGGUUCAUGUUUAUUCUUUUUUACAUGAGUGAAGUAUUUAGGUGAAGUGUCGUCUUUCAGCCUGUCAUAGCCAAAGAAAUAUUUAACUUACAGAGUUUGUUGAGUCACGUACAUCACUUAUGUUAUUUGAGCACCUUGCCUGGAGAGAGAUUUUUUUUGGUUCUAAGUUAAAAAAAAAGAAGAAAAAAAAGUUUCAAAGAACACUUUAUUUAUUAAUUUGCAAACUGAUAACAUAAAAAUUAAAUUUUAAUUAUUUGAAUACCCUUUGCAUAUUACAGAUUUUAAUAUUCAUGCAGUAUUAAAUAUGUUUACAAUGACAAUUUUGUACAAAGAAGUGGUUUUCUCUACAGUUAUUUUUUACUUGUUAACCCUAACCCUCCUGUAGUCCACAUGUUUCAAAUGUGAAUAUUGUAACUGAUAUUUCAGAGAAAAAUGACAAGUAUAUAUAUAUAUAUAUUUUGUUCACUUGUGACUUUCCUGUUGUGCAAUAUUUUCUUUGUAAAGUUUUCUAGUUUAUAACUUAUUUGUGAUUUUUUUUUAGAUACAAGAGCAUAGUACAGAAACACCAGUAGCCAUCCUUAGAUAACAAAGGCUUACAAGCAUAGUUGUGCCUAAUUAAGGUAACUUAAGGACAGAUGACACAUUUCUUUUGUGCCAGGCACAAAAACAACAAUUCAGUUUGUAAUCUAUAGGACCAGUUUGGUUUAUUCCGUAGAAUCAGAAACCUUUUACCAAACAAUGUCUUAGGACAUUAGUUUAAGAACAUUAGGUAAAAGUGUUGUGAUUUAUAUUGUGAUAUAUGUUAUUAGAGUUUUCCGUAAUUGCACAGGUGAAUGCAUAAUUUUGCAUGGUCAUUGACACUUUCACAUUUCCAGACCUGCAUAGUUGUGAAAUACUCUCAAUUUAGCUGUUGCUUCUUAUAACAUCUAAAGUUACAAUAAUGAUAAUCAAAUUUAAGUCAAUAGUAAUUAAUGCAUAGUAAUUGCUGAUGGAUUAUAUCAGUUACUUUUGCAUUGUGCUCCAAGUCUAUCGGUCUUAAGUCUGAUCCUUAACUAUUAAUAAACUAUUAUUAAUCAUUUGAUAAUAUAUUUGUAAAUAAAAAGAUUCACUUUCAAAUUUAGAAAUGUAUUACAAAAAUGUCUUACUAUUGUCUUUCAAAGUAUUUACUAAAGAGCUUGUAAAUGCUCAAUUAUUCAUCAAAUCUGAGUAUAUUUGCAAGUGAUUUUCAAGCUAUUUUGUAAAUAACAGGAGGCAGAUAUAACUGUAAUUAGUUUGAAAAUUAGUUUUUCUGUCUAUGAAUAUAUUAUCAAAUGACGAGUAACAGUUUAUUAAUAUUUAAGAAGCAUACCUUAAAAAUUAAACUGUUACCAGUUUUUUUUUGCAUUGUAUAGUGAUUCAAACAUCUGCAUUUUCUUUUGAUAUUUGGUGCUUUCGAACAUGUUUUUGCAACCAUGUGCACAUCACUUUCAGUAACUAUCCUUGUAAGUUUUUAGUUAUUUGGAAAUAAGAAUUUGUCUUGGGAAAAGACUGUGAGGGAAAUCAGUGGCGGCCAAGCCGUCCCGCGUCUGGCAUGAGGUGCGCGGGUCGUCUGGGCGCCACCACGACUUCUGCCAGCAGUGGGGAAUCACUGAGAAUGUUUUAUUGUUGUUGUGUUAUUGAAGCUGAGUAAUAACAACUUGUACACAUUAUAUUGUUUUGUCUGGUUUGCCGAAAUACACUGCGUACAUAUGUGAACACAGUGGCACGCUUGUUUAGCCUGUUCCAGCAUUGACAGGUAACAGCGCCGCAACGAAACCCAUGCAGGUAUCAAACUAACAGACAAGACAAAAUCCCAGGUAUCAAACUAACAGACAAGACAAAAUCCCAGGUAUCAAACUAACAGACAAGACAAAAUCCCAGGUAUCAAACUAAGGCAAACAACUUUUUUUCUGCAGAAAAUCUACUCUGGCGUAUUAUAGUUUCCUAACUGAUACGUUUGUCCAAAAACAUUGUAUCAGUUUCACUCAAAAUACCCGUUACAUGUAAAGCGUGGAAACAGUUUCACUGAAUUUGAACCGGAAAACUUCUGUACUACCUACCUACUGUCACCAUCACCAAUUUUUAAUAAAGUUGCAAAUUCUGUUGCCAAUCAGG